AGUGACGUCUACAGGAACAAGGUGAAUCUUUAAGAGCUGCCUUGCAUUGUGACAUGUCUGUUCCCUUGCUGCAGUCCCUACAGCAUGAACAAGGUGGACACUCGCUGACCUGUCACAACGUUGCCCCACAGAGCGUUGGGGUCCAUGUCUGAAUGGAUUGCCGUAGCCUUCUCUUCUCUCCCUUCGCCCAGUUCCCUGCAUCCUAAGACUUGAAGCCAGCACGGGACCUGGAAAAAUUACAUGGUGUGAACGGCAUGUCUGUGGAUGAGAAGCCUGACUCCCCCAUGUAUGUGUAUGAGUCCACAGUCCACUGCACCAACAUCCUCCUGGGCCUCAAUGACCAGCGCAAAAAGGAUAUUCUCUGUGACGUGACUCUGAUCGUGGAGAGGAAGGAGUUCCGGGCCCACCGAGCUGUGCUGGCCGCAUGCAGUGAAUACUUCUGGCAGGCGCUGGUUGGACAGACGAGAAAUGACUUGGUGGUCAGCUUGCCUGAGGAGGUCACGGCCAGGGGGUUUGGGCCGCUGUUGCAGUUCGCCUACACCGCUAAGCUGUUACUCAGCAGAGAAAACAUCCGCGAGGUCAUCCGCUGUGCCGAGUUCCUGCGCAUGCACAACCUGGAGGACUCCUGCUUCAGCUUCCUGCAGACCCAGCUCCUGAACAGCGAGGAUGGCCUGUUUGUGUGCCGAAAGGACGGUGCGUGCCAGCGCCCGCACGAGGACCGUGAGAACAGCGCCGGAGAGGAAGAGGAGGAAGAGGAGGAGACGAUGGAUUCGGAGACGGCCAAGAUGGCUUGCCCCAGGGACCAGAUGCUUCCAGACCCCAUCAGCUUUGAGGCCACUGCCAUCCCAGUAGCAGAGAAGGAAGAAGUUUUGCUGCCGGAGUCCGACGUGCCCGCGGACACCAAGGAGAGCGCGGCAAAGGACGCGUUAACGCAGUACCCCAGAUACAAGAAAUACCAGCUUGCAUGUACCAAGAAUGUCUAUAACGCAUCAUCACACAGUACCUCAGGUUUUGCAAGCACAUUCAGUGAAGAUAACUCUGGCAGCAGCCUCAAGCCGGGGCUUGCCAUGGGGCAGAUCAAAAGCGAGCCGCCCAGCGAAGAGAACGACGAAGAGAGCAUCACGCUCUGCCUGUCUGGAGAUGAGCCUGACGUCAAAGACAGAGCCGGGGACGUGGAAAUGGACCGGAAACAGCCCCGCCCCGCCCCCGCCCCCGCCCCCCCUGCCGGGGCCGCCUGCCUGGAGAGGUCCAGGGGCGCGUCCUCCCCCUCCUGCUUAAGGUCUCUGUUUAGCCUAACAAAAAGUGUGGAGUUGUCCGGCCUGCCCGGUACCUCUCAGCAGCACUUUGCCAGGAGUUCCGCGUGCCCUUUUGACAAGGGGAUCACUCAGGGUGACCUUAAAAGUGACUAUGCCCCUUUCCCGGGCAAUUACGGACAGCCCCACAUGGGCCAGAAGGACGCGUCCAGCCUCACAGUGGGGUCGCCCCUCAAGGGGCCUGGGUUGGAGGCGCUCUGUAAACAGGAAGGAGAGCUGGACCGGAGAAGUGUGAUCUUCUCCUCCAGCGCUUGUGACCAAGUGAGCACCGCGGUGCACUCGUAUUCUGGGGUAAGCGGUUUGGACAAAGACCUCUCUGAGCCAGUGCCAAAGGGCCUGUGGGUGGGGACUGGCCAGUCCCUCCCCAGCUCACAGGCCUACCCUCACGGUGGGCUGAUGGCUGAACACUUGCCCGGAAGGAUGCGGCCCAACACCAGCUGCCCGGUGCCAAUCAAAGUCUGCCCUCGCUCGCCCCCGCUGGAGACCAGGACUAGAACAUCGAGCUCGUGCUCGUCCUACUCGUAUGCCGAGGACGGGAGUGGGGGCUCGCCCUGCAGCCUUCCUCUCUGCGAGUUCUCCUCCUCGCCCUGUUCCCAGGGAGCCAGAUUCCUUGCCACAGAACAUCAGGAACCAGGCCUGAUGGGAGAUGGAAUGUACAACCAAGUCCGACCCCAGAUUAAAUGUGAGCAGUCUUACGGCACCAACUCCAGCGACGAAUCCGGAUCGUUCUCGGAAGCAGACAGUGAGUCGUGUCCUGUGCAGGACAGGGGCCAGGAGGUCAAACUUCCCUUUCCUGUAGAUCAAAUCACAGAUCUUCCAAGGAAUGAUUUCCAGAUGAUGAUUAAGAUGCACAAGCUAACCUCAGAGCAGUUAGAGUUCAUUCACGACGUCCGCCGGCGCAGCAAGAACCGCAUCGCGGCCCAGCGCUGCCGCAAGAGGAAGCUGGACUGUAUUCAGAACUUAGAAUGUGAAAUCCGCAAACUGGUGUGUGAGAAAGAGAAGCUGUUGUCGGAGAGGAAUCAGCUGAAAGCGUGCAUGGGGGAACUGCUGGACAACUUCUCCUGCCUUUCCCAGGAAGUCUGCCGAGAUAUCCAGAGCCCCGAGCAGAUCCAGGCCCUGCAUCGGUACUGCCCUGUCCUCAGACCCAUGGGUCUCCCCACAGCCUCCGGUAUGAACCCCGUGCCCUUGGGCGUGGAGCAGAACCUUGCCGCCCCCCAGUGUGCGGUGGAGGAAAGCGUGCCCUGCUGCUUGGAGCAGGGCACAGCGGCCCCCGGGCCCCCCUGGGCGCCCAGCAGCGCCUCAGAGAACUGUACUUCUGCUCGGAGGCUGGAAGGCACUGACCCAGGAACCUUCUCAGACAGAGGACCUCCUCUGGAACCCAGGAGCCAAACGGUGACCGUGGACUUCUGCCAGGAAAUGACUGAUAAGUGUACAACCGAUGAACAGCCCAGGAAAGAUUACACCUAGUGACGGCCUGCCUCCUAGUUCUCAGCCCUCUCCCACCCAGGUGUCCAUGGGUCAGCCUGCGGUGCCAUUUGUCUGUCGUCUGGAAGAACCAAGAAGGAAUUUGGUGCACACUACAGCAGUCUUAGCAGCAAUACUGUUUCCAAGUAUUCUCUCCUCCCUUCAAGCAGGAGCGAUAUAUAGUUAGUUACCUUCACGAUGGUGCUACCCCUUGCUCAGGCAAGGAAAGACGACAGUGAUGAUGCUGUCUGUCUGUGGGUUCAUUUCAGUCUUAACAGGGAUAGACUAUAACACCUCUAGGACCCAACCACGGAUUUUUUUUCUCAGUGGCCCAUGUCACAAACCCUAUCUCAGGAAUUUCUUCUGAAUGUUCAAUUUUUUUCAUUGAAGACAGCUUCUAUACACAUCAAAGUUUUAUAGCUA